CAGAGUUUCGAGAUUCUCGGUCUCGAGCGACAAGCCACGGGCUGUGAUUGUUCGCCUCCAUUAUCCUCGGCAGAAAGAGCUUUUAAUCCGAUUAGCUCGUCAGAAAGGAUGUCAGAAUGAGACAAUCAUCAGACAUGUGGUAUAACCAUAGAAUGUAUUCUAGAUUUUGGCAACAUUACCAACAAGCUAUGGGAUGGCUGCAGAAACAUAGAAGGGCUUAUCACAAGGCGAUCAGAUCAUUUGAGCAUUCACCCUGGUAUAGCACAGAAUCUACAGCAAGUCACUUUACUGACUGGCAUCAUGGUUCCUCAUACUAUUCUUCAAGAUGUGCUCAGCAAGAUGAUCUCAAUCAAAGCAAAUGGCAGCAGUCCCCAUACAGCACAGAUAAUGAAGAGGAAAAUUUGAAGGAUAUAGCUGAUAUAAGUUCUGACACAGAAGUGGAAAGUGACACAGAGAAUGAAUUGGAAUGUGAUGUCAGCAAUGUGGAAAUUACUGAAGAAUUACGUCAAUACUUCGAACAAACAGAAAAACACAGGGAAGAGUUAAAGCGACAACAGCAGUUUGAUGCCGAACAGCUUAUGACCUACGUUUUGGCUGACCAGGAUUUUCACAACGCUUCAGGAAGAACUAUCCAGCCACCAGCAGAAAGGCCUGGUGUAAGGAGAAUGGUUGAGAUGAAAAGAUUAUAUGGAGAUAGUGCUGCUAAAAUACAAGGAAUGGAAACUGCAAUGCAACUUUCAUUUGACAGACAGUGUGAUAAAAAGCAGCCAAAGUAUUGGCCUGUAAUUCCUCUUAAGUUUUGAUUGCAUAUUCUUAUAAAAACUUACUGAUUCUAUGGAUCUGUGACAAAUAUUUCUACAUUGAAUUUUUAGCAGUUUUUUCUUUAUAAUACUCAUUUAUGACUUAAUAAACAUUGUAUCUUUUAUUAUUA